AUGCUGGCCCGCUGCUCUCGACGGGCACUUGCCUCGCCCCUCGUCAGCCAGCAAAGGCGGGCUCGCAGGCAGGCACGGCUGGCACACCCCCACGGCGAGCAAUCAAGUCCUCCUGCUCCCUUCUCCGAAGCGCCUGCAUCUGCAGGGCUUGUGAGCAGUUUUCCAGAGACCGUCAGCAUCAAUAAGGCCAUUAACGCGCAGGAAGUGGCUGUCAAGGAGAAACAUGCCAGGACAUGCAUCCUGGGCACACACCAUGAGAAAGGAGCACAGACCUUCUGGUCAGUGGUGAACCGGCUGCCGCUGUCCGGCAAUGCCGUGCUCUGCUGGAAGUUCUGCCACGUCUUCCACAAGCUCCUCCGGGAUGGACAUUCCAAUGUCCUGAAAGACUCCAUGCGAUACAAGAAUGAGCUGAGUGACAUGAGCAGGAUGUGGGGCCACCUGAGCGAGGGCUAUGGUCAGCUCUGCAGCAUCUACCUCAAACUACUGAGAACCAAGAUGGAAUUUCACACCAAGAAUCCCCGAUUCCCUGUAAAUCUGCAGAUGUCCGACCGGCAGCUUGAUGAGGCUGGGGAGAAUGACGUCAAUAACUUUUUUCAGCUGACGGUGGAGAUGUUUGACUACCUGGAGUGUGAGCUGAACCUCUUCCAGACAGUGUUCAGCUCCCUGGACAUGUCACGCUCAGUGUCGGUGACAGCAGCGGGGCAGUGCCGUCUGGCCCCACUCAUCCAGGUGAUCCUGGACUGCAGCCACCUCUACGACUACACCGUCAAGCUGCUCUUCAAGCUCCACUCCUGUCUACCGGCGGAAACACUGCAGGGCCACCGAGAUCGUUUCCUGGAGCAGUUCCGAAAGCUCAAGGACCUUUUCUACCGCUCCAGCAACCUGCAGUACUUCAAGCGGCUGAUUCAGAUUCCACAGCUGCCAGAGAGCCCUCCCAAUUUCCUGCGUGCCUCUGCACUGUCAGAGCACAUCAGCCCUGUGGUGGUGAUCCCCGCCGAGGCGUCCUCGCCUGACAGCGAGCCCAUCACCGACCUGGUGGAGAUGGAUGCAGCCUCGCAGAGCCUGUUUGAUAACAAGUUUGAUGACAUCUUUGGCAGCUCCUUCAGCUGCGACCCUUUCAACUUCGACAGCCAGAAUGGGAUGAGCAAGGAUGACAAGGACCGGCUAAUUGAGCAGCUUUAUGGGGAGAUCACAGCCCUCAAGGAGGAGCUGGAGAACUUCAAGGCUGAGAGCGCACGGGGUGCAGUGCAGCUGCGUGGUCGUGUCAGUGAGCUGGAGGCUGAGCUGGCCGAGCAGCAGCACCUGAAGCAGCAGGCACAGGACGAGAGUGAGUUCCUUCGUGCAGAGCUGGAGGAGCUGAAGAAGCAGCGGGAGGACACGGAGAAGGCUCAGCGGAGCCUGACAGAAAUAGAGAGACGGGCACAGGCCAACGAGCAGCGGUACAGCAAACUGAAGGAGAAAUACAGUGAGCUGGUGCAGAACCAUGCUGACCUGCUGCGCAAGAACGCAGAGGUGACCAAGCAGAUUACAGUGGCCAGGCAGGCCCAGGGGGAUGUGGAGCGGGAGAAGAAGGAGCUAGAGGACUCCUUCCAGCGAGUGAGUGAGCAGGCACAGAGGAAGUCUCAGGAGCAGGCAGAGGUGCUGGAGACACUGAAGCGGGAGCUGGCAGCCAGCAGACAGGAGCUGCAGGUCCUCCAGGGCACGCUGGAGUCCAGCACACAGGCAGGAGCAGAGCAGAACACUCAGAUUGCCAGCCUGGAGCAGGAGAGGGACAGGCUGAGCCAAGCAGCAGAGCAGCACAAGGAUGAGAUGGCAGCUCUGCAGACUGAGGUACGUCAGCUGCGGGACAUGCUCAGCCGCAAGCAGGAGAGCAGCAGGACAGAGCUGGAGAUGCUACAGGCCCAGCUAAGAGACAAGGAGAGCACAGAGUGGGCACUGCAGCAGCGCCUGGCCAAGGAGCAGCUGUCCCUGCUGCAGGGCACCAUGCUCGAGGCCAAGCGCAUGGUGCAGGACGCCCUGGCUCGCAUGGAGGAUCCUGCUCACAUCAGCUGCACCGGCUCAGCAGAUUGCCUCCUGUCCCAGACACUGGCAGCCUCUGAGUGCACAGAGCGACUGCGGGACGCACACAGCAAGUACCUUUCGGAUGGUGCAGCUGUGGGCUCCCUGCUGCCUUGCCUGGCCCUCUUCGCCCACCUGGUCAGCAACACCCUCCUGCAGGGCAGUGCAACCUCCCAUGUGUGGGAGGGCGGCUCCCCCCGCAGCGCUCCUUGGGCCCGCCGUACCGGCCCGCUCCGGAGCCCCGUCACCGUGAGAAUCGCCCCGCCGGCUGUCGGCAUCGCCCGCUCCCCAGCUCUAGAGCAGCUGGUCUCGCCUCUGGCCUUCUCAGCCACCAGCAGCCCUGACCCAUGUGCAAAGGAGACUGUGCUGAAUGCCAUCAGGGAGAGCAGAAAAAGGGCUGUGGAGGAAGAGGAGGAGGCCCAGACUUUUGGGAAUGAUCAGGAGAGCAAAAGAAGGCGCCAUGACAGCAGUGGAAGUGGGCAGUCAGCAUUUGAGCCGCUGGUAGCCAAUGGUGCCCCUGCUUCUCUCAUACCCAAGCCAGGCUGUCUGAAGAGGGGUCUCAUCUCACACUGCCCAGAUGACUGCUCCAACAAGAGGUCUCGCACGUCCUCUAUGAGCUCCCUCAACAACACCUACACUGGUGGGAUCCCCAGCUCCCUCCGCAAUGCCAUUGCCAGCUCCUACAGCUCCAGCCGAGGCCUCACGCAGCUGUGGAAGAGAAGUGGUGUGGGUGUGUCCCCUCUGUCCAGCCCAGCGUCCUCCCGCCCUCAGACACCAGAGUGGCCUCUCAAGAAAGCCAGGGAAGAGGAGUCCCAUUGUUCCAAUGCUUCCACCCCAGUGAAAUCAGACAAGGAGCUGCAGACAGAGAAGGUGGUGGAGUCAUCAGUGUGGAAGAAGCAGAAUUCCCUGAGCCUGCAAUCUGCGUCGGGGAGCAGUGGGAAGCGCAAGCGGAAGAUCCCGUUGGUGUCGUCCCUCCAUGGGGACCAGCUGGUGCUGCCUCCACCACCUCAGCUGGGCUACUCCAUCACCUCAGAGGACCUGGAUGCAGAGAAGAAGGCAGUGCUGCAGUGGUUCAACAGUGUUUUGGAGGAUAAGGCUGAUACAGUCCCCAGCACCACUGCAGAGAUGAUGCCUGUGUCCAAGCCACUGGCGUUUGCUGUGACCUCCCCUGGGCCUAUGCCUGCCUCCACAGCUCCUGCCCCAGCCAGCUCCUCACUCCUGGACAGCCUGAAGAAGAUGCAGAGCAGCCAGGCUGUACCCACAGCACCAGACUCCUCUGGAGCUGCAGCAGCAUCCCAACCACUUCCAUCAGCUGCGCCACCACCUGCUCCUGCUGCGUCAUUGGAGUCGAGCUCUCUACCUGCCAUCCCUGCUGACACCAAGACUGUGCCUGUAUUGAGCACACCUGCCCCCAGUGCUCCCCCUGCGCUGGUGGUGCAACCCCCCAGCAGUCUGGCCCCUCCUGGGUUCACCGAGCUGGGUCAGACCCCCAGCAAGCCUCCCUCCUUCCCAAAGCCAAGCAUCCUGUUUGGGAUGCUGAGCACCUCUCCAGCCAGCCAGCCAGCAGUGACCACUGCUGUGCCCACCGCAUCCACUGCUGUGCCCACUGUGCCCACUGCCAUGCCCACCACAAUCCCUGUCUUCAAACCCAUCUUUGGUGCUGUGCCUAAGAGUGAGAACGCAGCAGCCUGCACAGCUGUCACUUCCACCACAGUCACCGUGUCUGCAAGCUCAGGCCCUGCCUCAACAUCCUCCACAUCCUCCAUAUUCAAGCCCAUCUUUGGCAGCAUCACUGCAGCUUCAUCUCCAGCGAAAGUCUCUCCUUUUGCCUUCAAUCCUCUGGCACAGCCAGCCUCAGAGCCACCAACUGCCUCCACAGCUACUCUGGCAGGAUUCACGGGUCUUCCCAACGUCAUCUUCACCACUGCAGCUACAACUGCUACCACCCAGAGUUCCUCUACGGAUGCCACCAUUAAACCUGUCUUCAGCUUUGGAUUGAACCCACCUGCUUCCACUGGCCCUGCCUCCAGCGUGACUGUCACUGCUGUCACCUCCACCAGCACAGCACAGCCCUUCCUGUUUGGGGGCCUCGCCAGCUCAGCUCCUGGCACAGAAACCAGCUUUGCAGCCUCAGGGCCUGUGUUCCAGUUUGGGAAGCCACCUCCAGCCACAGUCACUGCCACCACCAGUGUCUCUGGAGGCCCUGCCUUUGGCCAGAUACCUUCAGCCUCGACAGUUGCUGCCACCACCGUGGGCUUUAGCAUAUUUGGGAGCACUACGCUGACCUCUGCCUCGGCCACCACAGCUCAAGUGCCGCUGACAUUUGGCUCCUCCAUUUCAGCUUUUGGCAGCUUUUCAGCCAGCGCAAAGCCACUGCCACCAUACCCUGGCACUGGGAGCCAGCUGACCUUCAGCACUGGGGCUGCUGAGAGCCAGGUGCCUGCCAGCAAGCCUGCUGCUGGCUCUAUCACCUUCACCCCCCCAUUCAGUUUUGGAGCCUCCCCAGCACAGUCAGUGGCUCAGCCAGCAUUUGGCAGUGGUGCCCAGCCAGCCUUCGGCACAAACAGUGCUCAGAGCUCCUUUGGCACUAGCAGCACCCAGGCAGCGUUUGGGACCACAACCUCAGUGUUCUCUUUUGGAACAGCCACCUCCACCACAUCCAGCUUUGGUGCCACCACCCAGACCACAAGCAGCAGCACCAGUGCCACUGUCUUUGGCAGCACCCCAUCUCCAUUCACCUUUGGGGCUGCCACCCAGCCAGGCCCCGCCACCAGCGCCUUUGCAAUGGGUACACUGGGCCUUAGCAGUGGGUCUCCGGCUGUGGCCUUCAGCUUUGGGGCUGGGCAGAGCGGGGCAGCCCCGGCAGCAACACCAUUUGGUUCAUCUCUGCAACAGAGUGCGCUGGGAGCUCAGGGCCAGAGCACGCCCUUUGCCUUCACCAUGACCAGCACUCCCAACAGCAAGCCUGCAUUUGGAGGAGCUCCGGUGCCAACCUUUGGGCAGAGCACACCUGUUCCUGGAGCCGUGGGCAGUGGAAGCGGCACCCUUUCAUUCAGGACACCCAGCACUCCUGCGUCGAGCUUUGGAGGAGUCGGCACUUCCUUUGGUUCAUCCACUCCCGCCUUCUCCAUCGGGGCAGGAUCCAAGACAGGCACUCGCCAACGGCUGCAGGCACGGAGGCAGCACACCCGCAAAAAGUAACCCUAGUGCUACUGCACUCCACUAGCCCGUGUGUGGGGGCUCUGGGCUGGAGCUGUCCCUAUGGUGGGACCAGGCCCCAUCCCUGACACCCACCAGAGACCGUGCUGGGAUGGGAUAAACCAAACUCUUGUUACUUGAACACUUCCAGAGCCAAGGCUGGACAGAUCUCUGUACAUAUCCACAAUGUUCUUUCCCUCAAUUUA